GGUAUCAGUGCCUGCCUGUGUGUUUGUUUUCAUCAUUGCGUCAUCGUAAAACGACUUCAAUCUCAGAUUGAUCUUUAGCAGUCAGAGUCACGAUCAAAUACAGAUGGUUGUGUACGUUUGAGACGUGUAAGAAAAUUGUUGUGUGCCAAAAAUAAUCGAAGAUGUUGAAAUCGUGUUGGGAUUGCCUAGUCGGGUAUGACUUAAUGAGGGAGGGGACGCGGUCAGAGGAACCAUACAGCGUUCAGCUAAACGGGAACGUAAGUCGAGCACCUCCUUGGCCUAGACCGCGAUCGAGCAACGAAAAAAUGUUUCUAAUACCAAAACAGUUAGAUGUAGAAGACAAAAUUAUUAUCAGCUGCCGAUUACGGGAUGACCCAUCAGAAUUCAAAAUUGGAUUAGCAACGGGAUAUGACCAACCUGACUAUAACAACCUUGCUUGUCAAUUUGAGAUGUUGUUAAAAGAACAAGAUAAAUACACCGUAAGAAUUAUAAGUAAUGGACAAUAUAAUGAUCAAUUUGGAGGGCCUGCAUCUGAAGUUUAUGGAGGUAACAAAAAUACAUUUUUCAGAAUGGAGUUCCAAAUUAGAAACAGAAAUCAGAUGGAUAUAUUUGUAGAAGAAUCCCACAUAACAUCAAUUAAUUUGAUGCACAGUUUAGAAAGCAUUAGAUUCUUAACCGUGAAUGGUGAUAUUGAUAGAGUAGUAAGUCUUAAUUUUGAAUUUGGGCCAUCAUCCUAAAUAAUGAGAAAUAACUGAUUAAAAAAUAAUGUUUGUUAGAGCUAGUUUCUAACAUUAUGCAAAAAUGUAUUAAUAAUCUGUCCAUAUUUAUAUUAUUUCGAAUAGAUUAUACUUAAGUUGUAUUUAUAAGUAAAAAGAACAGAAACAAUUUUAGUGUCAGUAUUACAUACCUAUUAUCGUUUAUCAUAAGUUAGACCUUCAAACAAUGAUUGACUACAUGAUUAUAAUUUCCUACUUAAGCAUUUAGUAACUAGUACCAUCUUACAAUUAGUAAGUACUUACAGAUAGUUUGUUGUUAUUGUAAUAACCUUUUGUAUUAAAUUUAAGUACAUAUUUGUAUGUACAAAAAAAGCAUUUAUUUUAUUAUUAUGGAAUAAAGCACAAAGUAGAUAUGUGAAUUAUGGAGUUUGAAGUAUCUAUUAACAUUAUUUUGAUGCUGAAUCCACAUUUUAUAGAUAAACCUACUUAUAUCUAAUUCAUAGUCACUAUCCCACCAUAGGUUUAAACAUUUCAUUAUAUUAUGUAUCUUUGUUGUGCGCUAUAUAGUUAUUGUGUUCAUUUUGGAGCCAUAUAUUGUUAUUAAUGUGUGUGCAUCACGAAAACCCUUGCUUUGGCACGUGUUUAAGAAUAUGACUUGGUUACAUGCAUUACACGUCUUUUCAAGUUAUUAUGAGUUUUUAUUUUUACCUUUCAAUUAUAAUAAUUUAGUUACAAGCUUGUUCACUUUUUGUUUUGUUUGGACUAGAAAUUGCCUCUAUGACAAUAUUUGAAAUAAUAAAAACAACCUAUGUAAUUUGUUCUGAAA